UCCGGGCUAGCCGACGCUCCCCUGGUCCGCGCGCAUCCCCUGCUGCACCUCGCCCGGGAGGGAGGAAUUGAGGGAAGAAGCCGGGGCUCGGAAGCCAAUAAGAGUUGAAGCCACGCACGUGAGUUCCAGCCGGCACCAGCGCCCUGGGCCUGGGCUCGGCUGUGGGGUUCCACGCUUUAUCUGCAUGGACAACCACGGCGAGACCAAACAGACUUGUGGUUUGAAUCAGGAAUGAAAUCUUCUGAAAGCCAAGACCAGAAGGCUUUUUGUUCAGAAUGGAAGACAAAAGACGGCAAGCCCGAGUGCAAGGAGCCUGGGCUGCUCCUGCAAAGAAGCGAGCGGCUGCUCAGCCAGCUACCACUCCUAGGAGCCAUCUCCAUCAGACACCUGGUCAGAACUGGAGGAACAAGGAACAUUCACUGUCUGACAGACUGUUUAUAUUCAAAGAACCCCAGCAGGUAGUCCGUAGAGCCCCCGAACCACGUGUGAUCGACAGGGAGGGUGUGUAUGAGAUCAGCCUAUCACCCACAGGCAUAUCUAGGGUCCGUUUAUAUCCUGGCUUUGUUGAUGUGGAAGAAGCCAACUGGAUAUUGGAGCAGCUUCACCGAGCUGUUCCCUGGAAACAGAGGGUGGGCGUCCGAGAGGAUAUAACUUAUCUUCAGCCAAGACUUACAGCAUGGUAUGGAGAACUUCCUUACACUUAUUCAAGAAUCACUAUGGAACCAAAUCCUCACUGGCCCCCCGUGCUGAGCACCCUAAAGAACCGUAUCGAAGAGAACACUGGCCACACCUUCAACUCCCUGCUCUGCAAUCUCUACCGAGACGAGAAGGACAGUGUGGACUGGCACAGCGAUGAUGAGCCUUCACUGGGGACCUGCCCCGUCAUUGCAUCACUUAGUUUUGGGGCCACGCGUACUUUUGAGAUGAGGAAGAAACCCCCACCUGAAGAGAAUGGAGACUACACAUAUGUGGAAAGAGUGAAGAUACCUUUGGAUCACGGGACCCUGUUAAUCAUGGAAGGAGCCACACAAGCUGACUGGCAGCAUCGUGUGCCCAAGGAAUACCACUCCAGAGAACCGAGAGUAAACCUGACCUUUCGGACCAUUUAUCCAGACCCGAGAGGGGCACCCCAGUGAUGGGAGGUCUUCACAGAAGCCUCUGAGCAAGGCCCACGCAGCCCCUCUGCUGGAGACUCUCCAAGAAGAUGGUGGCCUUUGCUUCCCAGCUCCGAGUCUUAAGGAGAACCAGCAGUUCACGUUGGUAAUAUGUCAGCUGUGGGAAGUUAUUCUAAAGCACAUCUCAAAAUCAAGCAUUAUCUUCAGCCACAUUAAAAACAGCUCUAGCUGUGCUUAUA